AUGCCGAGCGACGCCGCCUUCCCGCCGCCGGCUUCAGUUUCCAAGAACAGCGGCCGCAAGAUGCACAAGAUGCUCAAGUCGGCCUUCAAGCGUGCCGACUCCCCGGGUCUGAGCGCCGCCUCAGGGGACGAGCCGGAGCUCAGCCCGUCGGCGUCAGUGGGAUCGAGCGCCUCGAGCGGUAGCCGAGCGUCGUCGGGAAAGCGUGUCGGCCGGGGGUCGCGGAGCGACGACGUCGGCGACCGGUCCAGCCGCGAGAGCUUCGAGCUCGACGGUUCCAAGAACGAGAAGAUGGUGGCUCUGGCGGCGCUGCGGGACGCCAAGAUCGCGUCGGCGUACGAACCAUUCCCGUGGGACAGGAAAAUGAGGGAGCUGCUGCCGGUGCCAGACUCGAGCCGCUUCCUGUCGCUGCUGCUACUCCCCAAGGCCACGGACGGCACCCACACCCGCUACAGCUCCCUGGACGACACCCUCGCCCGCGCCGACGCCUGGCUCGCCUCCUCCCGCAGCUCCGGCGUCCCCGUCCAGCUUGCAAGCGUCCAGACCGAGGCGUUGCUCACCAAGAUCUCCGGCGAGACGGCCGUCUCCACGGUGAACACCCUCUCCGACCUGGCCAACAUGUCCAACGUCAGCCUCUACGGGUUCGAGGACUACCACGGCGUGGACAUUGGCCUGGUGCGCGCGGUGCGGCUCUGGUACGCGCCGUCGGGCGCCGGCGGCGAGACCGCGGUGGAGAUCGCGCUGCGGCAGGGGGACACCAGGCUCGGCUUCGCCAUCAGCCGCACCGAGGAAGGGUUCAUCUACGUGUCGUCCGUGGCGGACGAGAGCACGCCGGGCGUGGCGUCCACGCGGUCGGGCCUGCUCGAGCUGCACCGAGCGGCGCGCCGGGCUGGAAAGCUGCUGGUGGUGUCGCGCGUUGGCGGGGAGAAGGUGCUUCCCUGGCUGGUCUCCACCGCCGGCGAUGUCAGGUGCUUCGACACCGUCUCGCUCAGCCAGAAGCUGUCGCUACACCGCCACGCGCUGCGUCCCAUCACGCUCCACUUCCUCGCCUGGGACGACGGCGUCCUCCCGCCGCCACAGCAGCCGCCGCGGUCGCCGGUACUCAUGAUGUCGCCGCCGUCCGCGGAAAGUGACGCCGAAGAGCUCGAUGGUGACUGCGACGGCCCCGGGAUCGAGGCCGGCGGCAGGGGAGGGCCCAAGGGGUCGUCCUUCAGGUUUCAGAACAUCGGACUUCCGGAUAGCUGGAUGUGA